AUGGGUCGAGCGUGGCCGGGAGGAAGCACCCGAACGCUCCAGGGAAAAAGUCACAACGCUGCAUUAUUGGUGCCCCGGAUUUGUUUUGAAGAAUGUAAAGAUGUAGUCCUGACUAGUGUCCUGGAAGUCCCUUUGGAAGCCAGAGGAAUGUUGCUAUGACUAUAUUUGGGUGUGUGUUGGGUGUAAUCUAUUCCAACAGUGAUAUCUGAGGCCGUCUGUCGGGACUGCUAAUACAUGAUGGUCGGGCGGAGUGUAGUGGAGACUGGCACGAAAAGAAGCAGGAAGAGAAAUAUGGAAAAGCUUGAGGGUGAGAGCCCUGGGAAUGGAGAGAGGAAUAGCAAGCUUGACGAGGUGGGAGUUGAAGUUGUGAAGCAGAAACGCAAUAAGAAACGAAAACCUGAAUAUAGUGGAACUACCUCAGGUCGAGAAGACUUCAGCACAAAUAAGGAGACCACUGACAUUGAGGAAAACGGUGGUAGCAAGAGGAUGAAGCACAAAAGGGAUGAGGAUAGCUUUGCAAGAAGUUCAGAUGAAGAUAGUGGCACGAGUCCAGGGCUAGUAAGCGGCCAGGGAAAGGGUAAAGGAGAAAACGGCCUGAAGAAAAGAAAAGCCAAGGGUGAAAAGGACCAUAUGACAAGUUUUAAAUCUAAAGAGAAGCUAGAAUACCCUGAGAAAGGAACCAUGACUAAUGAUGAUAGCACAGAAUGUGUAGGCGAUAAAAACAGUAGUUCUCUGAUAUAUGAUGAAAGUGGACAGAAAUUUAAGGUGUAUGAGAAUGGAGAAAAGAGAAAGUGGUAUGAUAUCUGGUACAGAGAGGAUUCUGUCAUGACACGGUAUGAAAAAAAAUGGGUAAAACGUGAAGCAGUGCCACACUUAGAAAAAUUGAAAAAAGAAAUAGAGAAUGAAGAUGACAAAGUCACUAGACAGAAAUUGGAGAAAAAAUAUAGAAACUACAGACUAAAGGCUGGUAAAGAACUCAAAGCCUAUAUCAUUAAAUGCCAUAAGAAUCCUCAGAGCACAGGAACAAAAGAGAAAAUAGCAGUCCCAAUCAACUUUGAAGAAAAUGAAGUAAUGACACAGUUUCAAGGUGUCUGGGUCAAGAGAUCAGCUGUGACUUGGCUUGAUGCAAGUGUUAAGAAAUUGUAUGCUUCAAGGAAUAGAGAAAAUGAGUCGGAAGAACUGACAGAUUCAGUAGUACAGAAGAAAAUAAAGAAACUUUUAAGAUUUGCUCACAGACGACUAAGAAUGGAAGUAAUAAAAAAGAAAUUAAAUGGGUAUGGGGGUGAAUUUAUUGAUUAUGAUGAGAGUUAUGGAGAAAACAAAUCUAAAACAUGCUUCUCUGAUGAGAAUGCUAAAAAUGCAUUCGAAAGAAUGGAUGCAGGUAAGGUUACUGGAAGAAAAUUUGUCUUUGAUGAAGAUGGUGAUAUCAUUAAAAAUGGAUAUGAAAGGAAGAAUGAGGAUGUAGACAAAGGAAGGAGAGGUGAGAAAAUGAACUUUGAUGAUGAUAACAUGAAAACUUCAAAGAAAGUAGAAAGAAAUGACAUUCCAUUUGGGAAAAUGGGAGAUAGAAAAAAAAUUAUCUUUGAUGAUGAUGGAGUAGCUGUUGAAGAUAUACAUAAAGAAAAAGUAAAUGAAAAAUUUACUGAAGAGAAUGGCACUUCUUAUCAGGAGGAGGCACACAGUGCCAGUCAGUGGCAAGUGCCAAGUAUGAAUUCAUCUGAAAACAGGAAACCUGUGAAGACAAAGAAGCCUUCAAAAUUCCUUAAUAUUACAUACAAUGAUAACCCAGACAUUGUGAAAUCAGAUGGAUUUUAUGUUUCAAGAAAAGGGCUAAAACGACUCAAUAAAUUGAAAGGAGAGCUGUCUGCUAAAGGGAUGCCUGAAGAAAAGCAGCGUAAGAUUUUGCGCAAGGAGCGGCAGAAAGAGGAACGAUUGGUAAAGAGAAAGCACAAGUUCAGGACGGAAGAAAAAGAAGAGAACGAUAACUCAGAGUGGCAAGAUGAGGCUUAUUAACAUUAGCACGUCUUUUUUUUUUCUAUGACUUUGAAAGCUGCAUACUAUAAAGGAUAUCAGAUAUGUAUAUGUAUCAGUAAUAAUAGAUUUAUUUCUGUAGUCUUAAUCCUACAGAUAAUUUUGCAUUGAUAAUGUAUGAUUCAAAUAUGUUGCAUAGAUGUUAAAUUUACCAAUUCAGAGAAUAAAGGCUAAACUAAACCUAUAAGAAAAA